CAAAAAUUCGUAAGACGAUAUGGGUUGUCAGGCCUCUCAGCCGAUUUAUCCAAUGGGAGUUGAUCCUCGUCUUAUGACUUAUGGUUCGAAUAAUUCAAAAACAGUAGACAGCAAGUCGUUUAAGAUACCUCUAACCGAAAGAGAAGUGUUUAAUAUCACUAAAUCAUGGAAAGCAAUCAGUAAGAAUAUGACAAACACUGGUGUUAAUAUGUUUCUUAAAAUGUUUGAAACUAAUGAAGAUAUGAAAAUUAUGUUUGAGCAAUUUCGAACUGUUGACAAUGUUGCUGAUCUAUGGACAUCGAGAGCGUUAGAAAAUCAUGCUGUGCUUGUGAUGAAUGCUUUGGAUGAUGCUAUAACUAAUAUGGAUGAUGAACAGUACGUUGUUGAAAUGCUCUUAACGACUGGAAAGUCUCACAGACGAUUUGAAAAUUUUAACGCCAAUAUUUUUUGGAAUAUAGAGGAGCCUUUCUUGAUCAGCAUUAAAGAAACACUCGGAAAUCGGAUGAAUUCAAAUUUGGAACAAGUUUAUGCCAAGGCCAUUCGUUUUGUGCUAAUUAUACUUGUGACAGGAUUUGAGCAGAAAGAAGUAAAGAGUGUUAGCGGAAUGAGCACUCCCAGUAAUAUGAGCUCUGCUUUUUCUCGUUGAAAAUUAACAACAAAUUAUUGAACUAAGAAACAAAUUUACAAAAACAACAAGUCACAUAUGUCUAUUACACAAAUUUAUGUUCCUACGAUAGUCUUCAUUUGACACGACAGCGGAAGGAGAGGAAGAAAAUUAUAAUCUAGGAAGGCCUAUAAUUUUUUUAAGUUGCUUUCGAAUCUUAUGUACCUCUUGUAUUUUUUCUAUAUAGCUUCCAGAACGUGCACUUGCAUAAAAAGAAUAUAUACAUAAGCACAUUUCACUCACUCUCUUUCUCUCUCUCUGUUGGUGCAACACCAUUAGGUAUAUAGAGUAACAAGAGGGAAGUUUCUGAUAGGUCAAUCUUUUGGAGGGGUUGGGUUGGAAUAGUGGAAGACCAAAGAUUAGAGGAAGGGUUUUACCUGUUUAUUUCCGUUUUUGAUGUUUGUAUUUAAAAGAGGACAAUAAAAGAGAUUAAUCAUUCUUAUUGCUGUUAAGAUAUUAAAUGCUUUGUUCUAUUCGAAUGAAACGUAUUUCUG